AAUAAUUCCAGUUUUAGCCGCUUAGUUAUAAAAACAUGUAGUUAAUAGCAAUAUCAAUUGAAACUGAAUAGUAUAAUUAAUUAUAAUGAGAAGAUGAGGAGAUAGUAUUUAAAGAACACGUAGUUACAUAAUAACAAUUGGGGUUAAAAAUUCUCAAUUCCAAACUGAAUAAAUUAAGUAAACGACAAACGAUCUUAAGAGGCGUGAAGUGGAAUGAGGCUGUGAGGUGAUGAGUGUUCGAAGUGCCAUAAGUUACCGCCCCCGAGUCCCGUCCCCGGACCCUCCCACAGUCCUCUGUACCACCAAGGCCACCAUGAGCUACCUCCGGAAACUCCCAGGGAUGAAGCGACACAAACGGAAGCACAGAAGGAGCAAGAAGUGCUACUCCCUGGACCUCGACGCCUUGCAAGACGAGGAGCCCCAUAUCAAGUCCACACUAGAGGAACAAGAGGCACAGAUAGAACUUCUUGAACAAAAGCUUGAAAGGGUGAUCAAGGCAUGUGGUACCAUGGUGGACACUGGCAAGACGUACGUCAGCCAGCAGAGUCAGUUGGCCAACUGCCUCUGGGACCUGAGCGUGUGCUUCCAUGACGACCCUGACACCACGAGCAAGCUCAACCGGCUCAUACACUCUCUCCAGGAGAUGAACAAGUUCCACACGAUCCUGCUGGACCAGGCCUCUCGCACUAUCCUGAAGAAUCUCACCUCCUUCGUGAAGGAGGACAUCAAGGCAGCGAGGGAGUCACGGCAUUAUCUGGAGAAAGUGUCCAGUGAGCUGGACGCUGCGCUGCAACGAAACUCUAGUGCUGUGCGUUCGCGGCCCCUGGAGACAGAGGAGGCCAACAACUUGCUGGCGGCCACUCGAGCCUGCUUCCGUCACACUGCGCUCAGUCACGUGCACUGCGUCACCAUGCUGCAAGCCCAUAAGCAACAUGAACUGGUCUCCACGCUGCUCAGUUACAUGCAUGCCUGCACCACGUAUUUCCACCAAGGCUACGACCUCUGUGAAGGGCUCCAACCGUUCUUCAAGUCAGUUAGUGAUGAUCUGGAGAUCCAGAGGGCAGAAGCAGCCAAGCUGGAGAAGACGUUGAACAAUUGCCACACGCUGGUGACGAGCCAGGACGUGGUUCAGCCAGCCGCGCCUGCUCUUCCCUCUACCGGACCUCCUCACAUGGAGGGCUACCUCUUCAAGCGGACGAGCAAUGCCUUCAAGACAUGGAACCGACGCUGGUUCUACUUGGACAACAACCAGCUGGUCUACAGGAAGCGAACAGGAGAGGAUUCGGUAACUGUGAUGGAAGAUGACUUACGCCUGUGUUCUGUCAAACCUGUCGUCGAUUCGGAGCGGAGGUUUUGCUUUGAAGUACUUUCACCCACAAAGAGUCACAUGCUACAAGCUGACUCCGAGGACAUGUACCAGGCCUGGGUGAACGCUCUGCAGCUGGCCAUCGGAGCCGCUCUGCAGCACAGUCACGGACACACAGACAACAGACAGCAGACGGACAGACAGCAGACAGACAGCCAGGACAAGCUCCGCAAGUCCAAGAUAUGGGAACAGCUGGUGAAAGUUGCAGGAAACGACAAGUGUUGUGAUUGCGGUGACCCUGACCCCAAGUGGGCAAGCAUCAACCUGGGAAUCACCCUCUGCAUUGCAUGUUCCGGAGUACACCGCAGUCUGGGAGUGCACUACAGUAAGGUGCGAUCUCUGACACUUGAUGCCUGGGAGCCGGAGAUACUGAAGGUGAUGGCUGAGCUUGGUAACUGUGUGGUCAACAACAUCUACGAAGCUAAUAUCGACCCUGACGUUACCAGAGCCACUCCCAGUUGUGUGGGGGGAGUGAGGGAGGCAUACAUCAAGGCUAAAUGGGUGGAGCGUAAAUUCGUGCGGCCUCUGGCUGUGUCACCCGCUCGACUGUCACGCAGCCCGGCCCUGCGCAAGUGGAGUGUGCGCAAGCUGCGGCGCAGACCCCACAGUAGCGACACGAGCAAACGCCGCACCAAACUGAAUUGUGUACAUGACAAGCCAGAAGAACCAGAACAGAAGAAUGCCAGUGUAAGUGUCAGUGAAGAAGUGAUCUUAAUUGGUGAGAACCUGCCAGGCAAAGAAGCCCAGAGUUCCAUAGAACUGAGCAGUGACGAAGACUCCGCGGGUGAUGAGGAGGAAGGGGAGGCAGUAAGUAUGGAGGAUCUGAGCAAACUGGGGGCUGACCUGUUGCUGUACAAGGCAUCGGCAGCUCACAAUCUGGCUGUCAUGUGUCUAGCCAUGGCUGAGGGGGCAGACAAGGGUUGGCGCAACAGUGAGGACAACGGGCGCACUCACCUGCACCAGGCAGUGCUCAGUGGUUCAGUAAUGGCUUGCGAGUAUCUGCUUCUUAACGGAGCCAAGAUUAACAGUCAAGAUGACAACGGACAGACACCCCUUCAUCUCGCCACCUCAAGGGGUCACACAGCCCAAGUUUGGCUUCUUCUGAAGCACAGGGCUGACCAACACAUGACAGACUCCAGCGGGGCAGAGCCCUUGGCCAUAGCCAUCCAGGAGGCCAAUGCUGACAUUGUCACCCUACUGAGGCUGGGUCGACUGAACGAGGAGAUGGAUCUGGAGAACGGAGGAACGGAUGACACUUUCAGCGAGGUGGUGCGAGAUUACAGCCAGAUGGCCUGCACUCAGCCGCAGCGCUUAGUGCGAGACAACAGUAUCUCGGAGUGAUACAGGUUGUUUUUAAGGGGAAAAUGUUGCUGACCACACGUCACCCAUGAACAUGUAAAUAACAUUUACUUUCCCAUCACAUUAUAUAUGUAUACUUUUGUAAACUUACAGUUUAUUUGAUAAAAUUUCCAAUUAAUUCUGUGAUUUUUACGUGUUUACGUACUGUAUGUUUGACGGUGAUAAAUCACUUUUUUAUAACUUGUUUGUAUUGUAAUUAUUGUUGAUGUAUUUUGGUUGUAUUUUAUUAUAAUAUUUAAUUAUUUGUAGAAAUUUUGUAUUAUUACUGUUUUUAUUGUAGUAUUAUUAUACUUUACAUUUAACCUGUUAAGAAAAGGUAACUGUUAAAAUUAUAACUCUUUAUUCUUAUAUGAUAUCUAAUUACUUGUAAAAUUGUGUUGGUUAAUCACUGUUUAAAAUGUAUUAUUAUAUUCAGCAUUUUCUAUACAAAGAAAAUUAUAUAUCACUUAAGUAUGGUAAAUCUUAAUUUUUGUACUUUUUUAUUAAAUGCAUUUAUUUAUUGAUUUUUACCAAUGUCUCGUGCAUUAAUUUGCAAGAAACAUAGACUUAAGUCAGUACAAAAUGACAUUCUUUACUUGUUUUAACCCAUUCACAUAGUAUUGUACGAAAGGGAUGAGUGAUUUGAUUUCAACCUAUAACUGAUUAGUUUACUUAGUUUUUGUAUUUAGUAAGAUCAAAUUAACCUUGUACUGUAUUAAGAUUUAAUGUUUUAUUGUCAUAUUGUUGUACAUAUAGAAAAAAUCAAUGUAAUAUUGUGAUAUGUUAAAAAAGUCACUAUCAAUUCAUUGUAAAGCCAUUAUUUUUCAUGUUACCACUAUAAAAUGAAUAAAUUGUUAUAGUUUGACUUCAUCCUAUUGAGUUUUAGGAUUAUACCUUAUUUAUGUAAAUAUACAAUUCUAAGGCUACAAGAUAACAUGAAUAUACCUAAUCAUAGGCCCUAAUGAAAUUUACAAUUAACCUUUACAUGUUCAGUAAAUGUUCCACAGUGAUUAUUAUAUAUAUGUGUUGUAUAAAAACUUCUGAAUUUCCAAACUUUUCCAAAAAAGAUUAAUAGAGUAAUACUUCUUUUCGUGUACUAAAUAAAUAUAUCAAACUGUAUAAAAUAAUGUUUUAAAAUACCAUAAUGUCUGAAAAAGAAAUUGAGUUUCUAAAAAUAUAUUUCUUAUAUUUUUCCAACAAUUGAGUUUUUGGACUAAGGAACCGACUUUAUUUACCAUUGGUUUUCAGUUCUUUGUUCACUAAGGACUCAUGGAACUGGGAACUAUAACAAACACAAGAAAAUAUUUAAAAUGUUACAUUAUUCUAAUCACUGAUUUAAAUAACACUUAAUUGGUUAGUUAACACUUAAUUGACUGUAAAGAUUGUAAUUUGAUGGAAUUGAGAGGAGGGAAUAUGAAUUAUACUUGCUGCUAUGGAAUAGAGUAGUUUUGUCUCUUAAAUUAAAAUAUAGUUAUAUUUGUUUGUGUUUUAAAUAGUCUUUCAAGGUCAGUCGGAAGAGGUAGGUAGAUUCUGUGAUAGCUAAAACGUAAACUUAUUUCUCAUGGAAUUUAGAUGUAAAAAAGUACUCCAAUUGAAAACUGUUUGAUAAAAGAUUACUUAUACAUUCCUGAACAAUUUUUAAUUUUUACCUAGGUUCAUAAAUAAUGGAGUUGUGAGCUUUUUUAAAAUUUGAAUGCUUGCCUUAAUGGAAUGAAACGGAGAGUACCAAGCUGUCCAGCAAAUUCAGUCAAGAAGAUGAAUUUUUUUCAAAGUUCAAACUUGUUUCAGCAUUCCUUUCACCAGUUCUUGGUGAACCAAAAAUUUGUAUGGGAUUUACAUGUGAUCGAUAUUUAAAAAACCGUUUUGAUACAAAAAAAAUUGUUUCCGAAAGUUUAAGAAGUGUUAUGAGCGUUCCAGAAUAUUUUUUGUUUUUUCUUUAGGUCUGUAAAUAACAAGAAUUGUGCAUUUUUUUAAGUUUGUGGUCGCUGUUAAAAACUUAGCUGAGAGUUUUAUGAGAUAAAUUUUUAUCAAGUUUCUACUUUUUUGGGCUGUAUAUACAUAAACCUUGGAAGGGGGUGGUUUUGGGCCCUGGUGGUCUUGUUUGGUGAAGUCAUGCAGAAAUUUUUUGUAAGUGCCAUGAGGAAGACAACUCCAACAGGCUGAUUUUAUAUAACAAUUCUAACUAAAAACUUCAUCAAAUGCGUAAGCAAUAAAAUGUUCUCAAAUAUAAACUCAACAUCUAUGAGUUAUAAUAUAAAAUUAACACCAAAGUUUAACUCACAAAUUAGAUUGUUGUGUGUGGUAAUGCAUAGGCCAUCUAUAUCUACCACUCACUGAAUUUGUUAUAUCUUUAUAGUUAGUUGUUAUAUUUAUAAUAAAAAAUCAAACGUAAUUCAACACAGAAAUUUCAAUUACGCUCUGUUAUAGGAAUUCUGAACGCAUUACAUAGUUUCACUCAUAUAGCUUAUGUGAAUGGGUUUGGUAGUUGAGUUUUUGACACUGGCUAAGAAAGCACUUGAAGAAAGAGGGAACCUCUAGUGUCUAAAGAGAUGAAACAACAUCGAUACAGUUUCACUUCAACCGAGUCGAGCAAAAGAAGCAGAUACUCUUAGAGCGAAGCUUUCGAUGUUGUUGUCUCCUCAAACAUGCAUCAACAGCAGAUUUAAGCUGUCACUGUAUUUCAGCGUACUCGGAUGAACAUUGAGGGAACGGUCUCUCUUUAACCCUUUGCAGACGGAUGCAGGUAUGUUCGGUUUUUUUAUCUGAUAAAUCACUAACAUUUUUUUAUAAAACGGGAACUGUAUUUAUCAGAGGUAAUUUACAAAAAUAUUUAAAAAACUAUCGAAGCACGAAUUGAAUGAUUAUUUUUUAGGGAAGUUUGUUUUGUGUGUUGGCAACACUGCAGCCUUAUGUCAGCAUGCCUUUGUUGUCUCUAAACUAUAUAAAACACGACAGUGUGUCAAAAAAGGUGUUUAUAUAAUAAUUUUGUUUGUCCGAGUCUAAAAGCUUCAUGUAUUUUGUCGAUUUUCGGGCGUCCAUGAAAGGUUAAGUAUGUUCUCAGCCGGUGUAGGGAUUAAACUCAACUAUUGAAUUUAAUUAUUUUAUCUUGGUAUUUGUUACUUAUCCAGGGUUACGUAAAUUAGGUAAUAUUUAUACCAGAACAACUUACAAGACUUAACGUGUGAUAAUGCACAUGUGUAUGUAUGCCUUUACUUACUUUUUAAAAUUAAUUAAUUUUAUAUAUGUAAUUAUUUUACAAGGCUAUGAUUAUUAUUGUCUUCUUACGUAUCUAUUAAGAUAUAGUUUUAUGUUUGUUGUGCUAAAUUAUGGUUUUGUAUGUCUACAUAAUAAUUUUGGUAUGUGCCAACUUUGCUUAAUUUUAAGUUAUCACCUUGGUAAUAAUUUCCAUUAAUCUAGUAUGCCAUUUUUCAACAGAUUUUGCUGAACGAUAUUAAAAGACUUGAUGUCUUUUGAUAAAAAAUAAAGUUUUUUAAAUUUGGUGCUAAAAAUAUACUUUCAAGAUUAUAAUUGAUACGUAAAUGAUCAAAACAUAAGAAUCUUUGUACUAAUUAAUGUAUUCAUAAAUCAAGAGUAAUUAGUAUUUGUUCAGUUUUACGAUAUCCACAUUGUAUUAAAGCAAAGCGAACAAGUAUUAUAUAUAAUGAAAUAUUCACAAAUAACACUGCAUUCAGAAUUUUAAGAACUUUGGUCUCUAAAAUAUUAAAAUAUUGUAUUUUAAACUGUAACCGUAAAAUACUAGAAUACAAUUUUUAAAAUUUUGUUUCAAAUAGGCUGUAAAUUUUAAGAAAAUUGGCAAAACUCAUUGUCGGGGUUCUCAUUUAGAAUUUUUUGGCAAAAAACUUUGUUUAUGGAAAAGAAAGUGAAGUUGAAAAUCAUAUCAUGAGUAUUAAUUUUUCUAAUUACACCUGCUUAAAAAAUUUAGUUAAAAUCUGUUCGAUUUUUUUGUUAUCGUAUAAUUUGCUCUUUUUACGAAACCUAUAUAUUUUGAACAUAAAUAGAGGUGAGUUCCUAAAUAACAUUUCCACUAAUAGAAAAUAAUUUAAUUUUUUCCAUAUUUUAUUUCAUGAUUUUAAAAUUAUGUGAAAUAUUUUAGAUAUAUUUUUGGCUGCAUCUUACCGUUUGUCCAAAGUACUGUAAUACUGUUCCUGAGAAUUAAAAAAGUGUUAAAAGCAAGCAAAGUAUUAUAAAACUAAGUAUUAUGAUAAUACUAUACUUCCUAGUACGGGACAACUGUAUCCCUAUUUUUUAUACUGAUAUCUGAAAUCUUAAAGCCAAUAUGUCUGCCAUUAUAGUUAUAAAACAUAGUUAUCUAUGUAUCAAUUUAUUAUAUAUUUACCAUGUUAAACUUUGAAAUCAUCUGAUGUGUGUUUUAUAAUAUAUAGAAUUAUUUUUAUAGCAACAUUUUAAUUGUGUAUUAUUCACGUUCCUUACAUAUAUUGUAAAGAUUUAUUCAUUGUUAUAUUUUUCUGUCAAGAAAAGAAUAUUUUAAUCUAAAUAUUAUAUUUUUAAACAUCUUAGGUGUUCAAGGGUUUUUAUUUGAAUUUAAAUGUUUUCAAUAUUAAUAACUCUUUCUUUGUUGAUCUUGUUAACUUUCUUACUGAUACAUUUGAAGUACUUUCUGGGUCAUUUAUGUUGUUAAAAUGCUCCUCGUAUAAGGCAAAAUGUGGCGUACGUACGUAAUUGGUAAAAAGUUAAAUUUUAUCCAAUAAUAAAGUAAUUAGAAAGUAUGUAAGAUGAGUUUGUGCCCUUUUCACUCCUGUUAAUCCAGGUCAGAAAAUAUUGUGUCAGUUAGCUCAGACAUUUCAGUGUGUGUAAUUUUACGUUCUUAUACUUUAUAAAUAUUAAUCUGAAAUUGUAUACUUUCAAAAAAUAUUUCAUUUUAGAUAAGUGAAUACAAAGUUGUAAACAACUAUUUUUUGCAAGUUUAAUUGUCGUUAAAUACAUAAUAUAAUAAAUACAAAAUUAAAAUAAUAAAGUCAUAGAAAUGCACUGUUGUACUAACCAACUGCUCGGGAUUAUUUUGGCCAAAUUGUAGGUAUGUACGUUGUUACGAUUUUGCACGUUAUAACUAAAGUUUACAAAGUUCUAUUUUUAGAAAAUUUGCAUAAAAAUAUUCAAAUAAACACUAAAAUCAUCUGCACAGUAUAAUCAGGUUCUUUACUUUAAUUUUUUCUCUUCCCGAGAAGCAUUUUCUUUUUUAUAUUCUUCUUCAAAGCUUUUGAUUUACCCUUCAUUCUCUACUAUAAUCUAAAUUGUGCUGUCUUCAAAGCAUAAAUACCCUAGGCUUGAAGACUAAUUUUUCCAAGUAAAUUUUCCUACAGAAUUGUCAUUAAAACCUAAUUGCAAUUAAAUCGAGAUUUUUGAAAUCUGUUAUUAGGAUUCCAUAAUUCUGCUGUGGAGAUGCCUUGUCAGAAGUGAUUAGUGUGAUAGGUCAUAUAAUUUAUUACUUCUGUGAUUAUCACAGGCAGUGAUUUUAAUAUAUUUCUGUAAAAUCCUCAAGGUUAUUUAAACACAGAGAAAACGGUCAGGUUUGGCAAUCUGUUCUCAGAGUUACCAUUAAAAAGAAAGAAAAAAAGUUAGUUACAUUCUCUUGAAUGUAAUUUUUUCAGAAGAACAGUUAAGUAAUUGACGAUAUGACCUUUGAAUUUUCACUGGGUGUUUUAGUUUGGUCUGGCUUCCGAAAUUGUUAUCCGUUGAAAAAAAAAGAAGUAAGGAACCAUGGAUACGAUUGGUUUUACUAAAUAGAUAACUGCUUUUGAAGGAAUCUUGAUAAAUGGAGAGAUGUGGUGCUUUCUUUUCUCUCAUAGACAAAUUACGAAUCAUAAAGUCGGAAACCAUAAAAGAAGCGUAAAAAUCCUUUUGAAGUACAGUAAAUAAAAAAUGACUGUAUAGAUUUUUCUGCUCUCACUGUGAAAAUUCUGGAAAAAAAUUAUGAAAGAUUUUUAGUUAAAUUCAGACCUACACUUUCUAUUUUGAAUUUUAAAUAAUUAUUUCAGUUAAAAAUACUAUACAUUUGGAACCAACAUUUUUAUAAUUUUUUUAAAGCAAAAUAUUUUUUACAACACGUUAAGAAAUGGAAGAUAAUAUGUUUAAAAAUAAAGAUACCACACAUUUUUCUCUGAACUGUACAUUUUGAAAUAGAAGGGCACGGCACAUUUCUCACAGUAAUUGAUCAAAUGACAUGGCACUAAAAGGGUUACUACUGUUUUGGCAUAAAAAAACUAUAAUUUAAUCUCUGCAUUAUUAUAAUGGAUACUGUUACAAUUUCUAACAUUACAUUUUUUAUUUGACUUUUUCAUUUGAAUGGUUCUGGUUCUCUCUAGCUGAUUAUUUAGUUGAAAACAAUAGUUUCUGUUCUAUAUCAAGGGAUCCUAAAAUUACAAAUAGUUUGCAAUGAAGUAUAUAGGUAUAUUGGACAUGUGAAAUAUAAUAUUAGUUAAAAUUGUGUAAAACCAUUAACCAAUACAUUCAGAUCCAAUGGUUCAGAACCCACAUUAAAUGGUUCCUUAGUUUCUGAGGCCAUUGGUUAAAGGUUUUGUUAAGCCUGGACAGUAUCAAGACUAUGCAGGGCACACUCACUCAUUUUAUAUAAUUCAAUCAUAUUUGUCCAUGACUAUGUCCAGUGUUUUGAGAAAUAGGUAAAUAAAUAAUCCAGUAAAUAUGUUCAAUAAUAAUUUGGCCUUAGUGAAGCUUUUAUAUUAAUAUUAUUUUACCAUUUCAACGAACAUAGUUUUAAGCGUUCUUUUUAUAAAGUGUUUUGAUUCUGUUAGUUCACUUUUUUAAAUGAUUAAUUAUGCAAUAUGAUUACACGCUACUAAAUAAGCUGAUCAGUAUUAGACGACAAUGUUCACUACGUUACUGUGACACUAAUAAUAUAGAAUGUUACUGUAGUGCCUUCGUAGAAUAAAUCGUGCAGCGAAACUAAUUUUGUUUUGCACAAAUUAUCAAAUAUAAAUUCUGUUAAUAUUCUCAUAAAAUUUAAAUAACAAAAAUUAGAAAAUGUGAAUUAGGAAACGGAACAUUCCAUCGUGUAGUCUGUGUACUGUGUAAUAAAAAUAACAAGUAGUAAUAAAACAUUCACAUUAGUGUAAAAAAGUAGCAAAGAUGAUCAAGUGAAAACUUGAUGAUUUAACUUAAUCAAAAGUACUGUAAGUUUAGUGUAUUUGAUGUGUUAUGUAUUUCGUUAGCCAGUACUAAUAGUCUAAAUAAAGUCGCCAACUAGAAAAACAGAUUGUUAAUGUUAUUGGUGGUAUAUGAAAUCAGUGUUAUAAUUUUAAAAUGUAAAAUGUAUCAUAACGUGUUACUUUGCUUGGCAUUUAUUUUUUAAAUCUUUAUUUUAAUACUUCUCUGGAAUAAAACAUGUGUUAAAAGUAAAAGA